AUGGAGGCAGCAGCAGAUCCUGUGCUGCUGCAGCAGCAGCAGCAACUGCAUCAGCAGCAGCAGCAACAGCUGCAGCAGAUACAAGAUAAAGUUCAACAUGCACCACCUCUAGAUACACUUGUUAAGCUCUGCGUUACACCCGAUCAGGCUACUGCUGUUAUAGCUUUCCUCGACUGUCUAUGCAGCUGCAGCAGCUUCCGCAGCAAACUGCAGCAGGAUUCUUCCCAGCAGCAGACAACAGCAGCAGCAACAACCACUGCAGGAGCAGUAGCUGCUGCAUAUCAAACUGUCGCUCUCACUGCAGCAAGAGGAAGAGGAAAGUCUGCUGCGCUGGGACUCGCUGUUGCUGCUGCUGCCGCUUUGGGUGUAUCCUCAACUUUUGUAUGCGCGCCGUCUGCUGAGAAUGUACAAACCCUCUUCGAGUUCGUACAAAAGGGGCUGGUGGCGAUGGGUCUGCGGGAGCAGAUAGACUUUCAGGUGUCUGUGGAGACAGUCGGGACGGGGCGGAGGGGCCCCCGGGGUGCAGAUGUAUCAGGGGCCGGCUCAUCGGGUCUGUAUGAGCGGCAGGAGGUUAAAGCAAUAACACAAAUUGAGGUGUACAGACAGCACAAACAACGCAUCAAAUUCAUCUUCCCCCAUGAACACCAAACCCUCAUCAAUGCUGAUCUCCUCGUUAUUGAUGAGGCUGCCAGCAUACCCCUUCCCAUUGUUAAGAAACUAUUAGGCCCAUACACAGUGUUGUUAGCCUCAACAGUGAAUGGGUAUGAGGGGACAGGGCGUUCUCUGUCUCUGAAGUUGUUAUCUGAUCUUCGUCGGGGUUGUCGGGGGCCCCCUGGUGAUGGAGGGGACAGGGGCCCCCGGAGACAGCUGAAGGAACUGUCUCUUUCUUCUCCCAUUCGUUAUGCUGCUGGAGACGCAGUAGAGCAAUGGCUUAAUGACCUUCUCUGUCUUGAUUGCACUGAGGCACCGGCAUUAGACCCAGAGGUUGCAAUUGAAGGGGCUCUGUCGCGAGGGGCCAUCCGAGAGGCCCUCGGCAGAGGCCUUCGGCCCGCUGGGGACUUGCUGCCAUGGACGCUGGCCCAGGCAUUUGGAGACGAAGACGUGGGGCUCCUCACAGGAGCGCGGAUAGUAAGAAUUGCCGUUCACCCCAGCCUGCAGCGGAUGGGGUUUGGGUCUGCUGCUCUGCAGCAGCUGAUUGAUUUCUUUGAGGGGAAGGGACUGUCUCUCCAGGAGCCACCUGAGUUCGCAGCCUUUGCCCAAACCAAACAGAAGCAGCAGCAGCAGCAGCAACAGCAGCAGCAAAACGGGAAGGGGAAGAAGAAGAGAAAGGAAAGAGUAUCCACCUUAGAUGCGGAUAUUGAAGACCUCGAUGCCGAGGCGGGGGCAUCUGAAGAGGAGACAGAAAAGGAGACAGAUGAGGAGACAGAGAGUGAGGGAGAGGAAGAGUCAGAGGAGACAGCAGCAAAAGCGAAGAAGCAUAAGAAAGAGAAGGGGGCUUCUAAGAAGCAACCAGCAGCAUCAGCAGCAUCAACAGCAGCAGGAGACGGUGCUGCUGCUGAAUUGUCUCUACGGGAGAAGGAGGAGGAGGAGGCGGUGCUGCUGCUGCUGCUGCUGCUGCUGCUGCCUGCUGCUGCUGCUGCUGCUGCUGCUGCAACGCCAGCGGAGAAGGAGACGGCAACAAGAAGGGAAGAGAUAAGACGCAGGGGACUCUUUGGAGGCAUCGAUGCAGAUGCGGAGACACCAGCACGAGCAGCAGAUGGUCAGUGGGUACAUCUCUUUGCUGCUGACUUCCGCCGUCGCUUCGUGCAGUUGCUGGGGGGCCCCUUCAGGCGUCUCCCUGUCUCUUUGGCCCUCGCAAUCGCAUCGGGGGGCCCCCAGGCCCCUGAGGGGCCCCCAGAUGGCUUCCUACCCCCGCUGGAUGCGCAGAAGCUAUUGAAUUUCUUUACUCUUCAUGAUUUAAGCCGUCUCCAUCAAUAUGCACAACAGCUAGCAGACCUCCCCCUUAUAACAGACUUAAUACCUGAGCUCUGCCUUCUUUACUUUACCCAAAGACUUAAACAUCUACACCUCUCCUUCCUACAAGCAGCCACGUUGCUAGGACUAGGGGGACAAAGGAGACCGCCGGAUGAACUUGCGGAGGAGUUUCGGGUGCCUGUACACCAAAUUUUGGCUUUGUUUAACAAAGCGGUUGUGAAGCUGCACCAGCACCUGCAUGGUUUGCUUGUGGCUGAAGAAGCAGAGAAUUUCACAAAGGCGUCAACGCGGAGAGUGGCAGUUAAACAAGGGGUGGCUGUGGGGUUAGGGGGCCCCCAGGGGCCCCUAGGGGAGGAACAGCAAGCAGCAGCAGCAGAAGUGCUGCAGCAGCAAGCGCUGCAGCUGAAGAAGAUCAAGGAGGCCCUGGGGCCAGAUGCUGUGGAGAAGUAUGGGGUCAGCCACUUCACUGAGGAAGAUAUCGCUGGGGCUACGAAGGGACGCGAGGUGUCUGGUGAGGUCCUCAAGUGCCUGCAGGAGGAGACAGAGAGACAUAAGUAUAGACAGGAGGAGACAGAGAGACAUAAGUAUAGACAGGAGGAGACAGAGAGACAUAAGUAUAGACAGGAGGAGACAGAGAAACAUAAAUAUAGAGAGAAGGGAACAUAG